AUGCAUCACAGUGUCUACUCCUCCCCUCGUCUCUUUUGGCCCACACCGUCCAACGUCUAUCACUCUCACCUGGGCACGGAAACGACGCCCAAUAAUGUCUUUACUUUUGAACCAGCAGAAACCCCUUCUGAUGAUGUUGCCUCACCCGUGGAUCCCUCAUUUGCGGGUUUCGGUAUCGAAACCUCGAACCUCUUUUCCUUCACGGGCGCGGAGCAUCCAAAUAACCUCACCUUGAACCUCCUUAACAAUUUGGCCAACUAUACAGGAAACCCUCCCCAUAUUCGAAUCGGCGGAAACACCCAGGACUACAUGCUCUUCCAUGAGGACCAGGACGCGUGGGCAUGGACACAGAAUGCCCCAGGAUCUGCAGUGGACAGCCAUUCUCGGGCCAGCAGCAUGUUGAUCGGUCCGCGUUUCUUGGAGACUGCCAACCGUCUGCCUAAGGGCACCCCGGUGACCUGGGGCCUGAACAUGGCGUACGAACUUUCCGACUUCAAUGAUCAAGUCGCUUUGGUGGCAAGCAAGGUCCUGUCUUCUUGCCCUAACCUGAACAUUACUUCGUUCGAGAUCGGAAAUGAGCCCGACCUUUACUACAAGUACGGCCUUCGCACCGGUGAGUGGGGCGGCAAAGUCUACACGGAGCAGUGGAUUGAUCGGGCCACCACCAUCUGGGAGCGAGUCCUCCAGCCGAUGGGAUAUCCAAGCAAUUUCUUCGAGGCAGGUUCAACCGCGUCCACCAUCGGCACCGACUUCGAGAUCAAGGAUCUCGUGAGCUUCAACAUCAGCCAGAACGCCAGCCAAGGGUCGUCGAAACCGUAUCUUAGCAGUUGGAACCAGCACGACUACUACUAUUACAUCGGCGUAACUGACACGCCCCUGACCCUGGAGAUACUCAUGCAGUGGCAGACAACCGAGGACCAGCUCACCGCCUGGCUGGAUCAGGUGAGCCAGGCCGCCCAGACGCCGUACCCGUAUCAGCUGCGCGAAAUGGGCAUCGUGGGCCCCAUCGGGCUCGAGAACGUGACGGACACCUUCGGCGCCGCGCUAUGGACCCUCAACUUCCUCCUGUACAGCGCCAGCAACGGCAUCGCCUCGGUGGGCCUCCACAUGACGGACAACUCGGCGGCGAGCGCGUGGCAGCCGAUCGCGAUGGGCGGGCAGCCGCCGCACGUCCGCCCCGUCUACUACGGCAUCGCCGCGUUUGACCAGGUCAUCGGCCGCUCGCGCGCGGCGCAGGUCGCGCGGCUCGACAGCAGCUCGGACCUGUCGGCCGACUACCGCGACUCGCUGCGCGCCUACUCGGUGUACCAGGCGGGCGAGCUCGCGACCGUCGUCGUCGUCAACGGCAGAAUGUUCAAUGUUUCGUUCGCGACUCCCGCGCCUCGCGACAAGCCCUCGGUGCAACUCAAGCUGCCCGCCAAGUUCGCCGGCAGAAAUGUCUACCUGUCCUACCUGACCGGCCCCGGCGCCGACGCCAAGAACGGCACGACUUGGAGCGGCACCAGCUUCGACCGCACCGGCGACGGCAAGCCGACCCAAGUCUCCAACGGCACGGAGACCGCGGUGGUAGACAAGAGCGGCAUCGUCAAAUUCCGGAUCCGUGACUCAGAGGCGGUCGUUGCGAGUAUUGGGGGAAUAGCUAGCAGCACAGGAGCACCCGAGUCUACUUCGUCUUCGCUCCCGGCCACGGCUAGUCCUACUAGUAGCAGUAGUACUACUCCUGCUGCUGCGUCCGCCGCGGUAGUUAGUUCCGGGACGCCGUCCCCCGAUUCGUCUGCCAGUACUCUCCGGAUUAGUUCCGCGUUAACCUCAGGACUCACGAUGUUGUAUAUUGUCAUGACGGCAUUCUAGUGAUGUGUCGUAUCCGCUAGACUGUGGAAGGAUGUGGCAGUAUAGGGCGGAGAUAGCAGGCAUCCAAGGCAUAGAGGCGCGAGGAGCAGCACCGGCCUGACCAAGCCUCCGUCCGCCCUCGUGACGGGAUAGAACCGGCCUAUAGGACACACUGGAAUAUUAGAAAGCUCUUAAUACUGGC